AUGGGAGAAGAGGCAGACCCCGGUGGCGCCGUGCGCGACCUCGUCUGCGGUACAAUCGCGGGCAUGGCCGCCAAGCUCUUCGAGCAUCCGUUUGACCUCGUCAAGGUCCGCUUGCAGUCGCAGCCAAUCGACCGGCCCGCACAAUUCAAGGGCCCGCUAGACUGCUUCAAGUACACGGUCAAGAACGAGGGCGCGGUUGGCCUGUAUCGUGGACUCUCUGCGCCCAUCUUUGGUGCCGCUGUCGAGAACGCAACUCUGUUCUUUGUGUACAACCGCUGCCAGGCUGCGAUUUACAAGUUCUCGUCCAAGCCUGCGAUCGUCGACGGUGUACAGCGUGAACUGUCCAUCCCAGAACUCGCGCUCGCCGGUGCUGGAGCAGGUGCUGUGACCUCGUUCGCUCUCACUCCCAUCGAGCUCAUCAAGUGCCGCAUGCAAGUGCAGAUGAUCGCUCCCGGUGUUACCGCAACUGGUCCGGUUGUUAUCAAGACUGCCCUCGAAGCUCCAGGCUCGCCGUCCUCGACAGUCACCCUUCCCGCCAACCUUGCAAACACCAAGGCUCCUCUCAAAGGUCCCUUUGCUCUGAUCGCCGACACUGUCCGGCAGAGCGGACUGCGGGGCCUGUGGCUUGGGCAAACGGGCACAUUCCUCCGUGAGACCGGCGGCUCGGCCGCAUGGUUCGGGACUUAUGAGCUCGUGGCCCGCCUUCUCAUCCAGCGACACCAGAAGAACGCUCCACCGGGGCAUGUCGCGACAAAGGCGGAUCUCGCGGCUUGGGAGCUCAUGUUGGCGGGUGGGAUGGGCGGCAUUGCGUACAACGUCUCGCUCUUCCCUGCCGACUGCGUCAAGAGCACGAUGCAGACGCACGCCGAGCUCAACCCCAACAAGCCGGUGCCCGGCUUUGGCGCCACUUUCAUGAACAUCUACCGCACCCGCGGUAUCCGCGGACUGUACGCUGGGUGCGGACUCACGUGUCUCCGUUCUGGACCGUCGUCAGCGAUGAUCUUUGGCCUGUUCGAGACGCUGCGCAUACAUUUUGGCUGGGUGUUUGAGCCUGGGUUCGGCAAGCACGGCGAGAGCGACGACAAGCUCAAGUAG